AUGAUCGAUAUAACUCAUAUUUUGGUCAUCGGCGCCCUCGUGGCGCUGGGAUAUUUCAUGUUUAAUGGCUCGCGACACGAUCCUCGUGAACCACCGUUUGUGACCAGUGGUAUCCCAAUCUUAGGACACAUGUUCGGCAUGAUGUGGCAUGGAGUCGGACACUGGGGUAAUCAAGCUAAGAAGCACCCCGAGCAACCCAUCAUUAGCCUGGAUAUGCUCUUCACCAAGUUCUAUGUAAUCACUUCGCCAGAUUUGAUGCAGGCUGUGCAACGCAAUGCCAAAACUCUCAGCUUUGAGCCGCUGCUGUUAUUCGGCGCCAGGAAUAUUUCCGGCAUCUCGAACCCAAAGACUCUGGAUAUCCUCAGGGAGACGGAUGCUGGCGGCCAGGGUCUGGGCUCCAAGAUUAUGCAUGCCAUGACCCCGACACUCGUGGGAAAACCUCUGGAUCUGAUGAAUGUUCAGAUGAUCCGGUUGAUCCAACCAUUAAUUGAGAAGAUGGGUGAGACAUCCACUUUUGAUCUAUACGAGUGGUGUAAAGAUGCCACCAUGGCUGCCAGUACGGAAGCUACGUACGGCCCAAUGAACCCUUAUAAGGACAAGGAAAUCCAAGAUGCGUGGUGGGACUUCGAAACUGGCCUUGGCGCACUUAUCGCUAAUACGCUACCGUGGCUCACUGCUCGGAAAGCAUGGAAGGGUCGCCAGAAGGUCGCCGAUGCAAUUCUGAAAUACUUGCAAGAGGGCGGCCAAAACCAAGGAUCUGAACUUACUGCUGUGCGAUGGAAGGCAUCCAUGGAAGGCGGCCUCAGCAUCGAGGACUACUCCAAGCUGGAAGUCGGUAUGCUAAUUGCAUUCGUCUCGAACACCGUGCCUGCCAUGUUCUGGUGCCUCUUCGAUCUGUACGAUCGACCAAAGCUUCUUGAUGAACUACGAAAAGAAGUCGAGGCGAAUGCCCUUUCCGUGGCUACCGAUGGGACACACAGCAUUGACUUGACUGCCAUUCGGGAGCAGUGUCCUCUCUUGCUUUCCACCUUCCAGGAAAUUCUUCGCACCCGCUCCAAUUCCUCCCCAACACGUCUGGUUAUAAAGGAUACGGUCCUUGCAGAUAAAUAUCUCCUCAAGGCUGGAAAUACGGUCAGCAUGCCAUCGAUUCCAAUGGCACGGCGCCAAGAAGUCUGGGGUGAUACCUCCGAGGCAUUCGAUGAGCGUCGUUUUAUGAACUCGGGCGAGAAAAAGGAGGCUCGACGGGCUGGUGGAUUCCUGACGUUCGGUCUAUCGCCAACCAUCUGCCCUGGCCGCCACUUUGCUAGCUCUGAGAUUUUGCUCCUGGUGGCCAUGGUUAUCCUUCGGUAUGAUAUCGUUCCCGUUGGUGGAGUAUGGAAAGAGCCGAGCAAGGACACUUCGAGUAUGGUCUCAAUCAUGGGGCCCAUCAAGGAGAAGUUCCCGGUUAAUUCAACACCAAGGAAAGAAUACGCAGGAAUCAAGUGGGGAUUCCACGUGGAGGAAGGAAAAGGGCAGUUCCCACUGGUCAUAGGGUAG